AUGGAAUGGUGCUGUGCCCCGGGCCAGCAGGCUGGGCUCGCCAUGGUGCUGGGUGCCAUCCUGGCACGUGGGAGGGAUGUGUGCAAGCGGAAUGGACUGCUCAUCCUGUCUGUGCUCUCUGUCACCGUGGGCUGCCUCCUUGGCUUCUUCUUGAGGACCCGGCGCCUCUCACCCCAGGAAAUUAGUUACUUCCAGUUUCCGGGAGAGCUCUUGAUGAGGAUGUUGAAGAUGCUGAUCCUCCCACUGGUAGUCUCCAGCUUGAUGUCCGGCCUCGCCUCCCUGGAUGCCAAGACCUCCAGCCGCCUGGGCAUCCUCACCGUGGCGUACUACCUGUGGACCACCUUCGUGGCGGUCAUCGUGGGCAUCAUCAUGGUCUCCAUCAUCCAUCCGGGCGGCGCAGCCCAGAAGGAGACAACCGAGCAGAGUGGGAAGCCCAUCAUGAGCUCAGCCGACCCCCUGCUGGACCUCAUUCGGAACAUGUUCCCAGCCAACCUGGUGGAAGCCACAUUCAAACAGUAUCGCACCAAGACCACCCCCGUUGUCAAGUCCCCCAAGGUGGCAUCAGAGGAGGCCCCUUCUCGGCGGAUCCUCAUCUAUGGGGUCCAGGAGGAGAAUGGCUCUCAUGUGCAGAACUUCGCCCUGGACCUGACACCCCCACCAGAGGUCGUUUACAAGUCAGAGCCUGGCACCAGCGAUGGCAUGAACGUGCUGGGCAUCGUCAUCUUCUCUGCCACCAUGGGCAUCAUGCUGGGCCGCAUGGGUGACAGCGGGGCCCCGCUGGUCAGCUUCUGCCAGUGCCUCAAUGAGUCCGUCAUGAAGAUCGUGGCCGUGGCUGUGUGGUACUUCCCCUUUGGCAUCGUGUUCCUCAUCGCUGGCAAGAUCCUGGAGAUGGACAACCCCACAACCGUAGGAAAGAAGCUGGGCUUCUAUGCAGUCACCGUGGUGUGUGGGCUGGUGGUCCAUGGCCUCUUCAUCCUGCCCCUGCUCUACUUCUUCAUCACCAAAAAGAACCCCAUCGUCUUCAUCCGCGGCAUCCUCCAGGCCCUGCUCAUCGCACUGGCCACCUCCUCCAGCUCAGCCACACUGCCCAUCACCUUUAAGUGCCUGCUGGAGAACAACCACAUCGACCGGCGCAUUGCCCGCUUCGUGCUGCCCGUGGGCGCCACCAUCAACAUGGAUGGCACCGCACUCUACGAGGCCGUGGCUGCCAUCUUCAUUGCCCAGGUCAACAACUAUGAGCUGGACUUCGGCCAGAUCAUCACCAUCAGCAUCACGGCCACCGCAGCCAGCAUCGGGGCAGCCGGCAUCCCCCAGGCCGGGCUCGUCACCAUGGUCAUCGUGCUCACCUCCGUGGGGCUUCCCACCGAUGACAUCACCCUCAUCAUCGCUGUCGACUGGGCUCUGGACCGUUUCCGCACCAUGAUUAAUGUGCUGGGUGAUGCACUGGCUGCCGGGAUCAUGGCUCAUGUCUGCCGAAAAGACUUCGCUCAGGACACGGGCACCGAGAAACUGCUGCCCUGUGAGACCAAGCCUGUCAGCCUCCAGGAGAUUGUGGCAACCCAGCAGAAUGGCUGUGUGAAGAGCGUGGCUGAGGCCGCAGAGCUGACCCUCGGCCCCUCCUGUCCCCACCACGUCCCCGUCCAGGUGGAGCAGGAUGAGGAACCAGCCACUGCUAGUCUGGACCACUGCACCAUUGAGAUCAGCGAGCUCGAGACCAAUGUCUGA